CGCGGGCUCCCCCAAGAUGGCGCCCGAAACCCGGAAGUGAGCGAGGCCGUGGGGAAGCUCGGUGAGACGGAGGCGCCGCGGGCUCCGAGCCGGCCGGACCCGGGUCCGAGGUCAUGAUGCCCCCACCUCGGAGCAAGAAGCCCAGAUAGACGCCCCCACGGCCCGGCUCAGGGAGCCCCCAAUGCUGGCAGUGGGGCCUGCCAUGGACGGGGAGUUCCCACCGCACGAGGCCCCGCCGGCCGGCAGUGUCCUGUACAGCCCGCCGCCCCUGCAGAGCCCGCUGUGUGGGUCCAGCGUCCAGAGCGCCGUGCUGCACUACCCGUGGUGGAAUACCUUCCCGCCCACGCCCUAUCCAGCCUUCUCCAGUGAAAGCCACCAGUUUAUGAACUCCACCUCCUUCCUCCUGGACCAGCCCUGUGCGGACACCAGCUAUGGCCACGCGGCUGCCACCCCCAGCUUCCUGCCAAAGAGCGACUUUCCUCAGGACUCCUCGUACCUUGACGACCUCUCCAACGCCUCCAUCUUCUCCUCGUCCGUGGACUCCCUCUCGGACAUUGCCGACACACCCGACUUCCUGCCAGCCGACAGCCUCAGCCAGGUGCCUACCAUCUGGGAUGUGAGCACUGGCCCCUCUGCCCACGACAAGUUGUUCCUGCCCAGCGGGCCGUUUACAGGCCUUGAGGAGCCCGUUUCCUCCCUCCCCAGCACCCCACUUCUUGUCAGCUACCAGUCUCAGACUCAGCCAGAGGAGGAGGACGAGGCGGAGGAGGAUGAGGCUGAGGACCUGGGCCACACAGAGAUCUACGCUGACUACGUGCCAUCCAAGUCCAAGAUUGGGAUGCAGCACCCAGACCGUGUGGUGGAGACCAGCACAUUGUCCAGCGUCCCGCCCCCGGACAUCACCUACACCCUCGCCCUGCCUGCGUCUGACAGCGGGGUCCUGUCCGCCCUGCAGCUGGAGGCUAUCACCUACGCCUGCCAGCAACACGAGGUCCUGCUCCCCAGCGGGCAGCGCGCGGGCUUCCUCAUCGGCGAUGGUGCCGGCGUAGGCAAGGGGCGCACGGUGGCCGGCAUAAUCCUGGAGAACUACUUGCGGGGCCGCAAGAAGUCCCUGUGGUUCAGCGUCUCCAAUGAUCUCAAGUACGAUGCGGAGCGCGACCUGCGGGACAUCGACGCCCCCUGCAUCGCAGUGCACGCGUUGAACAAGAUCAAGUACGGCGACAACACUACCUCAGAGGGCGUCCUGUUCGCCACUUACUCCGCCCUGAUCGGGGAAAGCCAGGCCGGUGGGCAGCACCGCACACGCAUCCGGCAGAUCCUCGAGUGGUGCGGGGCGGCCUUCGAUGGCGUGAUCGUGUUUGACGAGUGCCACAAAGCCAAGAAUGCCAGCUCCACCAAGAUGGGCAAGGCCGUGCUGGACCUACAGAACAAGCUGCCCCUGGCCAGGGUGGUCUACGCCAGUGCCACAGGUGCCUCUGAGCCCCGAAACAUGAUCUACAUGAGCCGCCUGGGCAUCUGGGGUGAGGGCACACCCUUCCGAACCUUCGAGGAGUUUUUGCAUGCCAUUGAGAAGCGAGGUGUGGGUGCCAUGGAGAUCGUGGCCAUGGACAUGAAGGUCAGUGGCAUGUACAUCGCACGCCAGCUCAGCUUCAAUGGCGUCACCUUCCGCAUUGAGGAGAUCCCACUGGACCCGGCUUUUGAGUGUGUCUACAACCGUGCAGCGCUGCUGUGGGCCGAGGCCUUGGGCGUGUUCCAGCAGGCAGCCGACUGGAUCGGCCUGGAGUCCCGCAAGUCGCUGUGGGGUCAGUUCUGGUCGGCUCACCAGCGCUUCUUUAAGUACCUGUGUGUGGCCGCCAAGGUGCGCCGGCUGGUGGAGCUGGCACGGCAGGAGCUGGCCCGGGACAAGUGCGUGGUCAUCGGGCUGCAGUCCACUGGCGAAGCACGGACUCGGGAGGUACUGGACGAGAAGGACGGGCAGCUCGACUGCUUUAUCUCAGCUGCGGAGGGCGUCUUUCUGUCACUAAUUCAGAAGCAUUUUCCUUCAACCAAAAGAAAGCGCGACAGAGGAGUGGGCAGUAAAAGAAAACGGCGGCCACGGGGCCGAGGGGCCAAGGCAUCCAGGCAGGUGUCCGAGGCGGUGGGUGUGAUCCGCAUCAGCGAUGACAGCAGCACGGAGUCAGAUGCUGGCCUGGACAGCGACUUCCACUCCUCCCCCGAGUCCCUGGCAGAUGACGACGUGGUCAUCGUGGACACCGUGGGGCUCCCAGCUGACGACCGGGGGCCCCGGGCUGCGUUCCACUGGGAGUGGGGCUAUGGGCGGCCCAAAUGGCCGGUAGCCCUUGACCCUCUGCCCCCAGGGCCCCUGUGCCCCCCACAGCGAGACCCGCAUGGCCCCGGCAUCCUGGAGCGGGUGGAGCGGCUGAAACAGGACCUGCUGGCCAAGGUUCGGGCACUGGGACGGGAGCUGCCCGUCAACACCCUGGAUGAGCUCAUCGACCAGCUUGGAGGUCCUGAGCAUGUGGCAGAGAUGACCGGCAGGAAGGGCCGUGUGGUGUCCAGGCCCGACGGGACGGUGGCCUUCGAGUCACGGGGGGAGCAGGGCCUCUCCAUCGAGCACGUGAACCUCAGGGAGAAGGAACGCUUCAUGAGCGGGGAGAAGCUCGUGGCCAUCAUCUCAGAGGCCUCCAGCUCUGGUGUUUCCCUCCAAGCUGACCGCCGCGUCCAGAACCAGCGGCGCCGGGUCCACAUGACACUUGAGCUGCCCUGGAGUGCUGACCGCGCUAUCCAGCAGUUUGGCCGGACCCACCGGUCCAACCAGGUCUCAGCGCCGGAAUACAUCUUCCUCAUAUCCGAGCUGGCUGGGGAGCGCAGGUUUGCCUCCAUCGUCGCCAAGCGGCUGGAGAGCCUGGGGGCUCUGACUCAUGGGGACCGCCGUGCCACCGAGUCCCGCGAUCUGAGCAAGUACAACUUUGAGAACAAGUAUGGCGCCCGGGCCCUCAGCUGCGUUCUCACCACCAUCCUGAGCCAGACGGAGAGCAAGGUGCCCCUGCCCCAGGGCUACCCUGGAGGGGACACCGCCUUCUUCCGGGACAUGAAGCAAGGUCUGCUGUCAGUCGGCAUCGGCGGGCGGGAGUCCAGGUCUGGCUGCCUGGAUGUGGAGAAAGACUGCUCCAUCACCAAGUUCCUCAACCGAAUCCUGGGGCUGGAGGUGCACAAGCAAAACGCGCUCUUCCAGUACUUCUCUGACACAUUCGACCACCUCAUUGAGAUGGAUAAGAAGGAGGGCAAAUACGACAUGGGCAUCCUGGACCUCGCUCCAGGCAUCGACGAGAUCUACGAGGAGAGCCAGCAGGUAUUCCUGGCCCCUGGACACCCGCAGGAUGGGCAGGUGGUUUUCUACAAGAUCAGCGUGGACCGCGGCCUGAAGUGGGAGGAAGCAUACGCCAGGUCACUGGAGCUGACAGGUCCCCAUGACGGCUUCUACCUCUCCUAUAAGGUUCGAGGCAACAAGCCAAGCUGCCUCCUGGCAGAGCAGAACCACAGCAAGCUCUUCACCCUGUACAAGCCCAACAUCGGCCGGCAGAGCCAGCUGGAGACCUUCGACAGCCUGUGUCGGAAGUUCCACCGGGUGACGGCAGAGGAGGCCAGGGAGCCCUGGGAGAACAGCUACACCUUGUCGCUGAGGCACUGCAGCCACACCACUUGGAACCGGCACUGCCGGCUGGUGCAGGAGGGCAAGGACUGCGUGCAGGGCCUCCGCCUGCGGCACCAUUACAUGCUGUGCGGGGCGCUGCUGCGCGUGUGGGGCCGCAUCGCCGCUGUCAUCGCCGACGUCACUAGCAGCAGCUACCUGCAGAUUGUGCGCCUCAAGACCAAGGACAAGAAGAAGCAAGUUGGCAUCAAGAUCCCCGAGGCCUGUGUGCACCGUGUGCUGCAGGAGCUGCAGCUCAUGGACGCGGACGUGAAGCGCAAGAACACCCAGGGCCAGGCCUUCCCGGUGCCGCCGCCGCCCCUGCGGCCGCUCGCGCUGCCCUGCGGCCCUGGCGAGGUCCUGGACCUCACGUACAGCCCGCCGGCCCAGGCCUUCCCAGCGCCCUCGCCCUUCUCCUUUCCGCUGCCGGCAGAGCCCGCCCCCGGCCCUGCAGCCAGCCUGCUGCUGGGCGCCCCCGCGGCGCCCGACCCCGCAGCCCUCGUGCACCGCCAGGGCUGUGACAUCAACUUCAAGGAGGUGCUGGAGGACAUGCUGCGCUCCCUCAACGCCGUGCCGCCCCCGGAGCCGCUGGGGCCACUGGGAGGCGGUGCAGGGCCCGCGGGCGCUCCGGGAGCCGGCGGGGGCCCCGAGCGACAGAGCGUCAUCCAGUUCAGCCCCCCCUUCCCCAACUCCUAGGCCUGGGCUGCGGACGUGCUUCCUGGACGCAAUUUAUUUAUCUGUAGUAAGCCACUUUUACAUGGACACAGGCAAGGUCUUAUACCCAAGCGGGUGGUGAGCAGGGCUCAGGUCCCUCUGCCGACUACUGAGAGGAAGGGGGGCGGGGCGCCCCUCGUCCAGCCCAUCGAGGCCUCCACUGCAGUGCCUUUCCCC